AUGGAUCUCUUACGCCCUUUAAGAGACUUGAACCCAGUUCAGAAACAAUACAUUAUCAAGAAGAUAAAAGAGUCUGCAGAUCUACUGAACGUACAAGUAGUAGUAACCGAUGAGCCAGAAGCAGCCGAAAAAAUGGAGGUGGAUAAGCCAGUUGAGCAGCACCAGACACUUAACAUGUCUGACGGAACAGGAUCUAGCACAACAGGUGCAUCAGCCCGGACAAGCACGCUUGGAAAAGUGUUAGCUGGAGGCCUUCUUGUACUCGGAUCAAUGGCAUAUGUCAACCAUCAUUCGAAGAGCAAGCCAACAACUGCAGCCAACAGUGACAACGAUAGUUUGUAUCAUGUCAUGGACAGCAGACAGCUGAGAAACAUGAAUAGCCAUAAUAUAUCUUGA